AUGUUGUACGACCGCUACGUUGCCAUCUGCAAACCCCUGCACUACGGGACCCUCCUGGGCAGCAGAGCUUGUGUCCACAUGGCAGCAGCUGCCUGGGCCACUGGGUUCCUCUAUUCUCUGCUGCACACAACCAAUACAUUUUCACUGCCACUUUGCCAAGGUAAUACCGUUGAACAGUUCUUCUGUGAACUUCCCCAGAUCCUUAAGCUCUCCUGCCCAGAUGCCUAUCUCAGGGAAUUUAAACUUCUUGUUUUCAGUACUUUUGUCAUUUUAGGAUGUUUUGUGUUCAUUGUGGUGUCCUAUGUGCAGAUCUUGAGGGCCGUGCUGAGGAUCCCCUCUGAGCAGGGACGGCACAAAGCCUUUUCCACCUGCCUCCCUCACCUGGCCGUGGUCUCCCUGUUUAUCAGCACUGGCUUGUUUGCUUUCCUGAAGUCCCCUUCUAUCUCUUUGCCAUCCCUGGAUCUAGUGGUGGCAGUUCUGUACUCAUUGGUGCCUCCAACAUUGAACCCUCUCAUCUACAGCCUGAGAAACCAGGAGCUCCAGAAUGCAGUGUGGAAACUGAUACCUGGAUGA